CCCCCCCCCCCCUUCUCUCUCUCUCUCUCUCUCUCCCCGUGUCCAUGGUCUUAUCUUCAGCUACUUUCUUUUAGCUCUUCUCUCACCUUCCCCAUAUUUGGUAAAAACUAAGAAUUCAAGCUUGUCUUGUCUUCUGAUUAUCAUAUCAUACUUGCCCAAGUAAAAAAAACCCACUGAAACUGAGGUAUUGUCAGUUACUUACUGGGUUUUAUGUUGCUUUGGGGUUUCCAGAGUGAGCUUCUUAUCUCAUGUUCUUGAGGUUUCUUACUGGUUUUGGGGUUUAUUGCAGUAGAUUCUUCAGGUUGGCGGGGGAUCUUCUGUUUGUCUGUUUCAAAACACUCACAAUUAUUAAAUUGUUUCGAAAUUCUCGUAUCUCGAAAACUAUUAGAUUGCGUAUGAAUCUUGAAUUUGAAGAGAGAUUUGCGAAUAGAAUGAAAAUUAGAAGGGGAAAGUGUAAAAUAUUUAGCUUCAAUUUCAUUCACUUUUCCUUUCCCAUUUCUUUUCACUCUACAAAUCCUUACUCAAAUUCAAUAUUCAAAUACAUCAUAAGUGUUUUGGGACAAGAACAUGGAGAGAGAAUUAGGUACAGAUGAUAUUUGCCCUUUAUUUAUAGACUUGUUUUUCUUCUUAAUGAUUGAGGUUGAAUGAGGUCUACAUUGGAGGAGGCGUUGUGUCCCUUGUUUCAAUUUUGUGUUUUGUUGUGUUGGUUUACAAUCACCUUUUAGGUUAUGUUUGGAUAAUGGAUUUGGGUUGGGGUUUGAAAAAGGAAGAGAAAAUGUGAGGAUAAUGUGAAUGAAAUAUAAGUUUAAUUUUUUCUUCUUUUCCCUUGCCUUCUUCGUUUCUUUCUAAAUCCCUACAUAAAUCCAUGAUCCAGACACAAGCUUAAUAUAAGAAGUUAGAUUUUUGUAUAUAUCUACACUAAUAUAUAAAAUUAGAAAGAAGAAUGGUGGAUUUGUUAACUCAGGACCACUGUGAAUGAUGAAGCUACUUAAUCUUGUUGAAGAUUUAUGAUAAGCAAAUGGUAAAACAAAUUUUUGCACAUUUCAAAUCUCCUUAUAUGGUCUUUUUCUAUAUCAAAUUAAUUUAGUAGAGUCUGCAUAUCUUUCUGUUGGUUGGUUUCUUCUUUUCAAUCUUUUAGUUUCCUUAAAAUAUGAAGGGGAAAAAAAAAAUUAUGAAUACUGGAAGAAUGUAGCUUUUCUCCCAUUCUCUCCUCUUCCCUACCCACACCCAAAUAUGUUGCUGCUUUUGAGAGAAAUAUUUAGAUUAGGAUGGGCAUCAAUACCUCAAUGGAAAGCUUUGUGAGAAAAGAAAAGAAAAGAAGCGAAAUGGUCACGGGAUCCUUGACUGUUUUUUGCAUAAUUGAAGAGAGAAAAAGAAUAGAAAAUAGUGUGUUUUCUUUCACUCUAGUUGGGAAAAUAUAGAGGAGAGAAAGGAAAAGAAAAAGAAGUUUAUGCGGGCAAGAAGAGUAGAGCACAGAAAAUUAGUUUUUGUUAAAUUUUGGGACAAAACUGAAUUAUAAUGUUUUUUUCUCUCUCUCCAAAUCUCUCCACUUUUACGACAGAUUCCGAAGUGUUUUAUUUUUUAUGAAAUUUUGGUUUCCAUCCAUUUUUCUUCACUUUCUUUCCUCUUAAGCUACCCGAACAAGUGAUUGUAUAGGACAGUGUCCCUUUUCUUUUCUUGUUUUUACUUCCCAAAUCACUCAGUCCAAAAGGACUAAGUACUCAUUUCUUGUUUAUAAUUGGGGUAAAACAUAUUGAGCUUGUUAGUUCUUUUAUUUGAGUCAAACAGGUGGCCUGAUAAUGAUAAUAAGAAUUGAUGGUUAAGAAGUACUGACACUUCUAAGAAAGUGGCAUAUAACUAGUUCUCCUCGAGUUUGUCCAGAAUGCGAAGAUCAAAGAAGAAUUUUCAGGCAUUAGUUUCUCUAUACACAACAUAACUACUUAUUUGGUGUCAGCUCACCAUAGUCAGGAUAUUCAAUAUCGUACUUCACGUUGAAGCACUGAAGCUUUAGGUAUCUAUGUUUUUCUUAAAGAGGAAAGCCCAAUAUCAUAGCAUGCUAAUUUUCUCUGAAAUUGUGGCCACUCUGUUUUACCGUAGGUUUGUCCAUGGCAAGGACCAUUUGUAAAGUUGUCUCGCUGCCAUCGAAUAUGAGAUUUGAUCUGUUAUUUGGUCAAAAUUAGGUAGGAUUUAGAUGUUAAUUAAUUUCUGGUUUGCGAAAUAGAUGGUCAAAACCAGUUUCCAUGAUUCACAUGUUUUUUGUUAUUUCAUUCCCUAUUGUAAGAAAUUGUAAUGUGGGGCUUUCAUUGCUUUCUUCUUUUUGAAUUCCAAUGUAUGCUUUUCUUGUGGGGUGAUUGAUGAGGCUUUAUUCUCUUUUUCGUUAUGAAGACUUUCAGCACUUGAAUAGAAUAUGCAAUUAUGGAACCACCACUACUGGUACCAGUAAUGAUAAAAAAAUAAGGAAAGUAAAAUUCUUAGGUACAAAUCAAUUUUUCUAAAGAGGGUUUAGCGGACAAGAAGAAUCUGAGAAAGCAGUUAAAUACCCUUUAAGGUGCUAGCUACCUGGUUUAAUUGUAAAAAUUUCGUGGAGGCGAGCAAUGAGUUCCCUUUUUAAGGUUUGAACAAUACCCCAUUCACACUGAUGAUUUAGUACUUAUAUCCUGUGUUGAAUUCCUUGUUGUGUGUUGAAUUUCUUGGCUAGAUUCUUAAAUGGUAUCAAUAUGAGCUACUCUUUUCUUGAUAGAUCUUGUGUAUUCGAACACCCAAAUUUUCACAUUGAAUCGAGCUUCUGUUAUGCUCAGAUUCCCUAGGGUAGCAUCUAGUCUUCCAGAAAUCUUUGCUUGAAAUGGCCAUAAUACUGUAUGAAAUGUAUGAACUAAAAGCAUGAGACUUGAAUUUUCUCCCCUUAUGUCACACUUUGCACAUUUUGUUCUAAAAAUAAAUAAAUAAACGCAGUGAUAAUUAUUUAUAUGUUUAUUAAGUGAAACAAUUGGCAUAUUUUCUGAAGGUAUGAUUCUGAGUAAAGGUGUGGGCAUGAUAGCUUCUAUAAUUGUUGAGGCGAAGAUUUAAAUAACAACCGUUAGCAUUUGAAUUAAUCUCCCCUGCUAUUUCUCACAAGAAAAAGAAUCAAGCUUUUGAUUUAGUUGUCCUACUACCCAACAUGAAGCCUUCAAGUUUCAACCUAGACUCCGAAGAUGAGUCCGAAGUCAGCAGCCAAGUUGCUUCCAACAUAUCGAUCCAAGAAAUCACCCCCGAUCCCUCCAACGGCACCACAUCUUCCUGCCUCACAAAUUCAAUAAAGCUUCAACCACAUCCCGACCCUGUUUCCCUCGAUUUAACACUGAGCUUUGAUCCCAGUGAUGUCGAGUUCAAGGGCACUGAUGUUGGGUUCAAGGGCAUGGACGACACUAGCAAUGAGAAAACCGCUCAUGAUCCACCACCGGCAGCCAGAGUAUUUUCGUGCAACUAUUGUCGGCGCAAGUUUUACAGCUCCCAAGCUCUGGGUGGGCACCAGAAUGCACACAAGAGGGAGAGGACACUGGCAAAGCGGGCAAUGCGAAUGGGAAUGCUAUCUGAUAGGUAUGCCAGCUUGGCAUCGCUACCUCUUCACGGUUCUGCAUUUCGAUCACUUGGGAUUGAAGCUCAUGCCUCGAUGCACCAAAGAGUGUUGCCAUCGUCAACCAGGCCUUUUUCACAUGAGGCCGGAGUUGGUGGAGCGAGGUUUGAACAGAGCUAUUUCGGGUUGCCAAUCUUUAUGGAACACAAUGAAACAGAGCUGUUUUGGCCAGGAAGUUUCCGGCAACUUAGUAGUAAUGGCGGGGUCAGUGACGAUUUGGGUUUUGGGUCUGGACAAAGUUCGAACAUAAAUUUUGUAGCUAUGGCUCCGGCACCAAGAACAAAUUCGUCUUCACCUGAUCUGACAUUAAAGCUUUAACUUUGAAUUCCCAACAUUAUUUUCUGCUAAAUUUGCGUCUCAACUUGAUGUUUUCUCCUUGUACAGUGAGAUAAGCGUUAGCGAUUGCAGCGAGCUUAUAGGUUUUUUUUUUUUUUUUGCCUUUUCUUGGUGCCGGUUGAGUAACUAUGCUUUUGCCUUCAAGGAUGAUAUUAAUUUCCAAAGAUUGGGAAUUUUGGUUAAUGUUAAUUCUGGUGUAUGUUUUUAGGAUUAACUUGUAAGGGAUCUUGUUUGUUUUUGACUUCAUAUUCAUUUCCGAACUUGCAAGGUCUAAGUUCAAAAACAGAA